GUCGGAUGGAGGUGCUAAUAAGAGGGCUGUUUGCUCUGGCGUUGCGUUUGUAAAGCCUUCACUGCUGCAACGUCUGGAGCGAUGAUGUAGUUUACCGCGUGAGCCGCGUGUUCGCGUUUGCUGAACUGAUCUGUAGAAAUAGUUCGGAUGUUUCUUGCCCAAGUCGUUCGUGGUUGUUGUCGUCGGCGGAUUGUACGAGCAGGUCGGGGGUUGCACGACGGUCGAAGUCACUUGUCCGGCGGUCGACGAAUUGCAGAAGGAAAGACGGCUGCUCUUGCCAGCGCACUUGCCUUGACUCUCACUACAAACGGCUGCUUGGCCGCUCUAAAAGAAGCCUGGAAUCUGCCGCCAUACGAAUCGCCCUCCGCCCGCGCGCCCCAUGCUGUCAUCUAUCAAGAUGCAAUCAAUUUUGUAUUUCUGCCACCACCUAACAUCGACACCGAGACAUCUCAGGCACCGAUUCCUGCAAUCAACUCUGCAUACUGCUGUUCAUCUCACUCAAGCAUUCCUCAUCCCUCUCAAGCCUCCAACAUCCACCCCGUCUGUUACAACGUCUGUGUUUCACUUCCUCUGCCCAACUCUAUCCCGUUUGCUCCUUCCCCGUCUCGAGUAACCCUGGACCCCUAGGGCUUGUGACACUCAAACGACCAAUCGCCUGUGCUUUGCUUGCUUUCUGGCUUCGUUUCUUGUUUUGAUACAUCUUGUGUUGCAAACACUUGUCUCUUUGUGCCCUGGUGGCU